ACUUUUCUUUUCUUCCUUUUUCUCUUCAUUUCAAUUCAAUGGCUCCUUUAAAACAUUCUCUUCUCAUCUGCCUCACCGUGCUCUGCAUCAUUCUGCUACAUUCGGGGCCCGUUUUUGCUCAGCAAAAACCCGUUUUCGCCUGCGACGUGACGGACAAUCCAGGGCUGAAGAAUUUCAGAUUCUGUGAUCUGUCACUGGGCCUGAAAACCCGAGUUGAUGAUCUGGUGAGCAGGCUGACAUUGCAGGAGAAAAUCGGGUGGCUCGUCAGUGGUUCAGAGGGAGUUAGCAGGCUUGGAAUUCCGGACUACCAGUGGUGGUCUGAGGCUUUACAUGGAGUCUCCUACGGCGGGCCUGGAACCAAGUUUUCCAGCCCCAUCCCGGCUGCUACUAUCUUUCCUCAGGUCAUUCUAACUGCCUCAACGUUCAACGAUUCCUUGUUCGAGACCAUUGCAAAGGUGGUUUCCACUGAGGCAAGAGCGAUGUACAACGCUGGAUUAGCAGGGCUGACAUUCUUUUCCCCGAAUAUCAACAUAUUUCGGGACCCCAGAUGGGGUCGAGGCCAAGAAACUCCCGGAGAAGACCCCCUGCUUUCCAGCAACUACGGCGCAGCUUAUGUAAGAGGUCUGCAACGGACAGACGACGGUGACGAAGAAAGACUUAAGGUUGCUGGUUGCUGCAAGCAUUACAUUGCUUAUGAUUUGGAUAACUGGAAAGGGAUCCAGAGAUACAGUUUCAAUGCUGUGGUAACACAGCAAGAUUUGGAGGACACGUACAUGCCGCCAUUCAAGAGCUGUGUUCUUUAUGGAGAUCCUGCCAGCGUGAUGUGUUCGUAUAAUCAAGUGAAUGGUAAGCCAACGUGUGGCAAUCCUGAGCUGUUGGUUGGUGUGGUUCGAGGCCAAUGGAAAUUGAACGGGUACAUAGUUUCGGAUUUCGAUUCGCUGAAUGAGAUGUUCAAUUCCCAACAUUAUACCAAAACUCCUGAGGAGACUGCUGCUUUGGCUAUGAAUUCAGGCGUGGAUCUGAACUGUGGAUCUUUUCUGAGAAAUCAUGCUCAAGCUGCAGUAGAUCGUGGACUUCUGAGCGUGACGGCUAUCGACAGAGCUGUGUCAAACAAUUUUGCCACAUUGAUGAGAUUGGGGUUCUUUGAUGGGGACCCAAGCAAACAACUUUACGGAAAUCUUGGCCCCGAAGAUGUGUGCACCCCAGGAAAUCAAGAACUUGCACUUGAAGUUGCAAGACAAGGGAUUGUUUUGCUCAAGAACACUGAUAGCUCACUGCCCUUAUCCCCUCAGGCCAUCAAGUCCUUGGCUGUGAUCGGCCCCAACGCUAAUGCAACCCACACCAUGCUUGGAGAUUAUGAAGGUGUACCUUGUAAGUACACGACUCCAUUGCAGAGCCUAACAGCCUCUGUCCCGACAGUAUAUCAGCCAGGAUGUGAAGACGUUUUGUGUGGCAGUGCUCAAGUAGAAGAUGCCAAGAAAAUUGCAUCCACAGCUGAUGCUGUAGUUAUAAUUGUGGGUUCAGAUCUAUCUAUCGAGACAGAGACCGUGGACAGGGUGAAUAUAACUCUUCCAGGACAGCAACAAACUUUGGUAACUGAGGUUGCAGAAGUGUCUAAAGGGCCUGUAAUUCUUGUCAUUAUGUCUGGAGGGAGCAUGGAUGUACAGUUCGCGAAAUACAAUCCAAAAAUUACUAGCAUUCUCUGGGUUGGCUUCCCUGGAGAAGCUGGUGGAGCAGCAAUUGCAGAUGUGAUCUUUGGACAAUACAAUCCAAGUGGAAGACUAACUAUGACUUGGUACCCACAAUCAUAUGUAGAAAAGGUUGAAAUGACAGACAUGAAUAUGAGGCCUGACCCUGCCAGAGGGUACCCUGGUCGAACAUAUCGUUUCUACAACGGACCUACGGUCUUCAAUUUUGGAGAUGGGCUCAGCUACUCUCAAUUCAAUCACCAGUUAGUUACAGCUCCAACGCUCGUCUCCAUCCCACUGGAAGAAGGGCAUGUUUGUCAAUCGUCAACAUGUAGGUCCAUCAACCCUGUUGAGCAGAGCUGCAAGAAUGCAUCCAUCGACGUUCAUCUGAGAGUCAAAAACGUAGGAAACUACAGCGGAAGUCACACUGUUCUCUUGUUCUCAAGUCCCCCACAGGUUCAUAAUGCACCUCGGAAACACUUGAUAGGAUACCAGAAGCUGCAUUUGACACCACAGGCAGAAGGGCUGGUUAGAUUCAAUAUCGAUGUUUGCAAGCAUUUGAGCAUUGUGGAUGAAAACGGCAACCAGAAGGUGGCGUUGGGAGAGUAUAUUCUUCAUAUAGGAAGCCUCAUGCAUUCUUUGCAUGUGGUGAUUUGAAGGAAAGAGAGGAAAGGAAGGGAAGGGAAAAAUACACAAGAUUGGAUUGAAGAA